CGCACCACACCCGACUGCCCGUGCGCGGCCGGUCCAUGUAGCCUGCGCCCGGCUUGUCGGAAGCGCGAGAGGAGAGGAAGAGAUGGGGGCGGAGGCCGGCGAACCCAGCUCCUUCCUCAGGAGCCAAAGAAAAGAAAAAGCAAUUUGUGUACAGCUACUGGUUCAGACCAGAUUGAAGUUUAAAAUGCAUUGGAAGUUCUCACAAUUUCCCCAUAUAUAUUCUCUUGUAGCUUAGCUUCAGCCUUUUCCUAUGGAAUUGCAUCUAUGGCAAUGGUUUUCGUGAACAAAGCAAUUCUUAUGCAGUAUGUUCACUCCAUGACCCUUCUCACUUUACAGCAAAUAGCCACAGCACUUCUGAUACAUUUUGGUCAAGGUGUAGGGAUGUCUAAAAGAAAAGAUUUCAGCUUAACAACUGCAAAAAAGCUUCUUCCAGUGUCAAUUUUUUACAAUGCGAACGUGGGAUUUGCUCUAGCAAGCUUGAAAGGGGUUAACAUCCCUAUGUAUAUUGCAAUCAAGAGGCUCACUCCCCUUGCUGUAUUGGUGGGUGGGUGCAUACGGGGAAAGGGGAAGCCACCAACACAGGUCACUCUUUCAGUUAUCUGCACCGCCGCAGGUGUCCUUAUUGCAGCACUUGGAGAUUUUUCCUUUGACCUAUAUGGAUAUUGCAUGGCUCUAACAUCAGUCUUCUUCCAGACAAUGUAUUUGGUUUUGGUGGAGAAAUCAGGUGCCGAGGAUGGUCUUUCCUCAGUGGACUUGAUGUUUUACAACAGCUUAUUGUCACUUCCAUUUCUGUUUUUCCUCAUUAUAGCAACAGGGGAAUUCCCCCAUUCUCUUUCAGUAUUAUCUGCCAAGACAUCCUCUCUGUCAUUCAGUGUUAUCCUUGUUAUUUCACUGGUGAUGGGAAUCGUUCUCAACUUCACCAUGUUUUGGUGCACAAUAGUAAAUUCUGCUCUGACAACAACAAUAGUAGGAGUUCUCAAGGGUGUCGGAUCUACGACCCUAGGUUUUGUGCUGUUGGGAGGUGUGGAAGUACACGCUCUUAAUGUUACUGGAUUGAUGAUCAACACAUUUGGUGGUGUCUGGUACUCCUAUGCAAAGUAUAAGCAGAAGAAGAAAACGCCACGAAAGAUUGAACCUGAUGAAGAGUCGCAUGCCCACAAGUAGCACCAUGUGGUUAUACUUGGUACCUUCUUUAGCAGAUAAUAAGUGAAUACCAGCUUAAAACAAUUUUUGAUUCAUAUUCCACAAGUAGCAAAUAGUUGGCACAAGGGAAGCGACGAGCUUGCUUCCUUUUGUUAUCUUAUAGCUUUAUGAGUUAAUACUUGGUAAUCUAUCCAUAGGAGGGUGAAAUUAGUGAAUCUCGCGGUGCAGUAAUUUUGCCCUGAAUGGUUCACUUAUUUCAAUUCAAAGGAAUACAUGAUGAAGAGUUGCAUGCCCACAAGUAGUAACGGAUUCAGUAGCUUUGUAGUCAUA